CAGUUCCAGAUUCUCUGGAGUGGCUGCGCAGCCAUGCAGUCAUGAAGGGGGUUGGGGUUAACAGCCCAGGAAUGUGUUCGUGUGCGCGCGCUCGACCUUGUCUGAUCGUGUUGCGCGCCAGAUAGGAGCGGGUAUGCGCAGCGGUACGACAGGUUUGUGUGUGUGUGUGUGCUUGUUUGCUGUACAAGAACAGAAAUCGUUGGAGAGAUAAUGAUGGCGGUGAAGAAAUGACAAGUUUGCAGGAUAACUUUCAGGAAGUAGUAAGGAAUAUUCAGUUGGCUCACAACGACAAUGAAACUGAAGUAAAGAUGACUGCCGUCUGAUUUGAAAUUAGGCUAUGCGCAAAGCUAUCCAACCACAUUCAUGGCGCUGAAUGAUUAGAGAGGAACAGAGGACGGCAGCGAUAGCAACGGGGCAGGAUAACACUCGGACUCAUUCAUUUCCAACCUGCAAAGCUUUAAAAUGAUCAAGGCAGAAAGCAAAGGAGAGAGGAGCCUGCGAAGUGCUUCCCCCCACAGAAAUGCCUACAAAUCAGACUUCCAUGCAAUUAAAUGCACAUUUGAUGGCUCGAAGUCCGACGGCACCCCUAAAUCAUAUGCAAAUGGAUCCAGCGACUCCCGGGAGGACACGAGGGGGAGGCCCUUUGGUAACAGAGUUAACAAAAUUAAGAACAUUUUUCUUCAGAUGGAUGGUCAGCAACAAGAUAUCCAGGAAACAAAUAAAAGUCUUUUGAAAAGUGACGCAUCCCCAGUCGUCUCCCCAACAAAAUAUGCCAGCAGCACACAGAAAACCAGCACAAGCACCACCCCCACCCCCACUAGUCCGGAAUCUCUAAGUUUGGACAAAAUUCCCAAAGGUGAAGAAACGGAGAUCGAUAAAGUGGCUUUAGCGGAGAAAUUCUCGGUGACGAGGAAACUUUUUGAAAAAUGCGUCAAAGAGCCAUCGGCUGAAAAGUCAUCCCCAGGCAAAGCGUUUGGCCGACUGUCCCAGGGAAGCGUUUCUGAUGAAGUCAAAGGUAGCAGGAAAUCAACAGGCUCUGCUGAGAGUAAUGCCAGCAGUGGCAAAACUGAACACAGUCCAACUUUGCUUGCAAAAACCCCAACAGAUGAGAGAAAAGAUGGGGAAGAGGCAAAACAGGCACACAGGCUGUCAUUAAAUGCUGGCCCUAUAUCCAGGAGACUUGAGAACUUCAUGGCUGAUAGUGACAGUGAGGAAUCUGUGAGAGCAUCUAGUAAAAGCACAGAGAGCGCAGUGAAAAUACGAAGCCCACUUCAAUGUUCAACCCCCAUUUCAUCUGCAAGGGACCACUCCAACAAACCUACUUCUCCAGUUGCUGAUGGCAUUAACAAACCUACUUCCCCAAUUGCUGAUGCAUGUCAAAAAGCAACAUCUCCUGUUGCCAACGUGUCAUGCAAGCCCUCGUCUUCAGUUACUGGAGGGUCCAACAAAGCAGUCUCAGCCAGAAGCAGCUCAAGUGAGCCUACAUCCCCCAGCGGCCAAAGCUCUUACAAGCGCUCAUCAUCAACAGGUGAGGGCAUUACUAAACCAUCUAUAGGCAGUGAUGGAGUCAAGGCAUCCAGCCCACCCCCACGGGAACAGAGGCUCCCCCAGGCACAUGUGGGUAGCUUGUACAACUCUAAUCGGACCAAGACCGACACCACAAAGAAUGAGGGGCAUGUGGUACGAAGUCCUUCCACGGAAAAGUCGCCUGACCAGGCCCCAGCACUGGACCCAGCUGGGGCUGGGAUGGUCCGUGCUGAACUCGUGGUGGUCCAGAAUGAGUCGUCAGAGAGCGACGAGAACGAGGAGGUGUGCUUGGAGGACGAGGUGUUUACAGAGUGCAAAGUGCAGAAAGAGCUUAAAGCUGCAGGACCCACAGAAACUCAGGGUGAAGCUCCAACAGACCUGCCCUCUCCAAAGGAGACAGAGGUCACCAAAGGGUCUGAGGUGGGAAGCAGAACACCAGAGAUCCAACAUGGAGGGAGAGAGGAGUUAAGAGAGGUGACUGAGACUGCUAGGCACACUGGUAAUCACCGUGAGGAGGAGGAAGAAGAGGGGGAGGAGGGGGAGAGAAGUGAGCAUGAGGAACCAGCGGAAGAGGAUAAGAGCCUGGUUAAGAGCUCACCUGUUGUGUUUGGCAUUGAGAAUGCAGCUUUUGUGGACGAUAAGGAUGUGGAGCAGCACGAGGAAGAGGAUGAGGACGAAGAGCAGGAGGAGGAGGAGCCAUGUGAGCAGUACGAGGAAGCCCCCGGUCUCUCUGAUGAAGAGGACCCGAAUCCUCGGAGGAAAGUUUUCUUCUCUACUGAGUCAAUAAAGGUGUUCAACACCUACUCCAACGAGGAGUAUGACCGGCGCAACGACGAGGUGGACCCCGUGGCAGCCUCGGCUGAGUACGAGCUGGAGAAGCGAGUGGAGAAGAUGGACGUGUUCGCGGUGGAGAUGGAGAAAGGUGACAAUGGCCUGGGCAUCAGCAUCAUUGGAAUGGGAGUGGGGGCGGAUCAAGGUCUGGAAAAGCUUGGAAUUUUUGUGAAGACCAUAACAGAAGGAGGAGCAGCUGAGGCGGACGGGCGGAUCCAGGUGAAUGACCAGAUCGUGGAGGUGGACGGCAUCAGCCUGGUGGGGGUCACACAGCUCUUCGCUGCCACCGUCCUGAAGAACACUAAGGGCAGCGUCAGGUUCCUGAUUGGGCGAGAGAAGCCGGGCACGCAGAGCGAGGUGGCCCGGCUGAUCAGCGAGACCCUGGAGCAGGAGAGGAACCAGCAGCAGGAGCUGGACGAUCCCUACGAGCAGUCCACCGAGGAGGACGAGCACUACGAGGACGAGGACGGGGAGGACGAGGACGGAGUCCUGGGGUCUAGCUUCGGUGGGCGGAGCACAGUGGAGGUGUUUGACCUGCCGGAAAAUGAGACCAUGUUCCUGCCCACCAACAUGGACGCCGCACAACUGAGCUUCAAGUUCAAAGAGCUGCAGAUAAAGCAUAGCAUUGCAGCAGUUGAACUAACCCAAAUAAAAGAAAAGCUGCGAGACAUGGAGGAGGAGAAGGGGUCAUGGGAGUCCAGGGAGGCCGACCUUCAGGAGAGCAUCGACGAGAACAGCGAGAAGAUCCAGAAGCUGGAGAAGUUCUGGCUGGAGUCCCAAGCCCUCUGCAAGACAGUGAACGAGCAGCUCACGGAGACCCAGAGCCAGUACGAGGGCCUGGACAAGAAGUACAACAAGGCCAAGAAGCUGCUGAAAGACUACCAGCAGAAAGAGAUCGACUUUGUGAAGCGGGAGGAGGAACUAAAGCGAACGCUGGAUGAGAGAGAGGCUUGGUACAAAGCCCAGCUGGAGAUCCUGCAGGAGCGGUUAGCAGCGUUGGAGUCGAACGCUUUCUCAUCUGAGGGCUCCGCUUCCCAGCACUCGGCACUGGGGGAGAGGCCGUGGAGCGGCCAGGAGGCCGGGGGGCCUGUGGAGAACACACACUCCUCAGACUCACUGCUGCCGGAUGCCGACUGGUCCGAGGUGGUGCCUGAAACGGAGCGUCUGGACACCAGUGCUCACCGUGCCAAGGGCCAGCUGGCCCAGAAAGCCAAGAGGCAGCCUCCAUCACGCAGCAAACUGAGAGAGACGUUUGGGGCCUCGCCGUGCCCGCCAGAGGAGGACGAGGAGGACGAGUCCCUGAGUCCCGAGGUACCCCGCCUGAGGCGGCGCUCCAUCCAGGAGAGCCUCUCUCUGCCGGUGCCCAUCUGCGGCCCGUCUGGGAACGGGCAGAAGGAGGAGGGCGCCGAGGAGGUUGCCACUGCCAGGGGCACGGCCGAUCUGUCAGGCUCCCCGUCUCCACCGGGCAACCAGCGGGCCAGCAUGGAGAGCGGAGACAGCGGGAGUCUGUCCCCUCCCAAAGACACGGCCCCCUCCAGCUCGCCCUCGGGAUUCCUGAGGAACGUCAAGAAGAGGGAGUCCAAGGGCAAGGGCAAAGAGAGCAGAGAGGAGUUAAACGACAGCUCAUCAGCAGGGAAACCAAAAAGACGAUUUCCUGACUUUGGAGGCCUGCGGAAGUCUGGGGGAAAAGGGAAGAGGCAUGACAAAGAAUCCGUGAGAGUGUCAUUGGACAGCAGGGGUUCAGCAGAGUUGCUGGAGGAGUCCGGGGGCAACGUGUCCCCGACGGACUCCAUGUCCUCCGUCCCUGCCUCCUGCAUGCCCUUCUCCUGGUUCGGUGAUAAGGACAAGGACCGGGACAGGGACCCGUUGUCGUCCAGCAGCAGCCUGCCCUACUCCACCACAGAGACCAGCAGCGAGCAGAGCCAGGAUCGCAAGAACAAGACAAAUCUCUCCUGGUCUUCUUUAUUCAGUCGCUCCUUAGAUUUGAGUUUAUCUGUUUUAGACGAUUCAAACGCUGGGAGUCCCAGUUCAGACUUGACAGGGUUAGUUGCUGAGCCCAAUCUCUCUGGGCGUUCGCACACUCUAACCUUCUCUUCCAAUGAGACACUAGACGACGAGCCUUUCCCUGUGGGGAAGGACUAUCAGUGGCAGAACCGCCCCGUGCCAGAGUGGACUGUCCAGCAGGUCUGCGUCUGGCUCAUGGGCAUGAACUUGGACCAGUACACGGCGGAGUUCACCGCCAAGGGUGUGGACGGCCAGCAGCUCAUGAACCUGGACAGCGACAGGCUCAAGGUCCUGGGUGUUGCGAGCCAGAGCGACCGUGCCACCAUCAAGAAGAAGCUGAAGGACAUGAAGAAGGCCCAGGAGAAGGUGGAGAAGCAGCGGGAGAAGCGAGAGAAGGAGGCGCGCCGCAGCGGGAAGCUGCCAGCCGCCAACACCACGGACUCCAUCUGCUGAGCUUCGCCCGCUCCAGCGCUCGACUCACAAGGACCGGCCUUUUCCCUCUGGUGCUGCUGUUACACACAGAGCUUACCUGUUUCAUACCCCCCCACCUGUGGAUGAAGACCACUUUCGCCAAGUGGCAGUGAAUGACGGCAUGGACAAUCAAAUCACUAUGGCACAUGCAUUGCCACAGUUCACCCCGAAUAUGCAACUGGCGUAGGGUUAGCGGUGCUCCUAAAGCCAUGCCAAGGUUAGAACCCAGCUGUUAGCCACAAUUCCACAGGGUGUUUUUUAUUCUAGUCUGGUCGUGCCAAACAAGUGCUUCUUGCCCAACCGCCCUCACUUUCCCAUCCCUUCAUUCUUAAAACCCAAGUUACAAUAGACAAGUGUGCUUAAAUUAGUCAAGUAAACCCCGCUUCACAAUUCCAAUGCAAAUUAAACUGCAAUCUAGCUCAUCAAAACAUGCUUCAGCCCAACCCCAGUGGAGGCUAAUUAAUGUAUUGGAGAGAAACUGCAUGUAUGGCAAGCUGUGUGUGAGCGAGUGAACGAGAGAGAGAGAGAGCGAGCGAGAGAGAGAGGAGUGAAGAGCAGAACCAUGCCUGGUGGCAAAGGCAAACGUUUUGACAGGUUAAGCAAACUUUUAUGGGGGAUGUGUAGGUGUAGAUGAUUGUUCUAAAGAUAAUGUGUUGACUAGUGGACCAAACAGAGAGACUUGUAUUUGACCUAACCACUGUAGCCUAGGGCUUACCAGCGGAAGAAGCAGGACUUCCUUAUUGAACAUAUUACAGACAAGCAGAGUUCCAUAAUUGCACACACAGCCUCUGAUAAUUAUGGAUUUUGCCCUGCCUUUCAAAUGUUUUUAUACAUUAUUUUUGCUAGAACAACUUGCCUGUGUCCAUGUACAGAUCAUUUGUGUUGCUGGAACUUUUGUACAGUUAAUGAGGAAAAGCACUAUAUUGUCUUUUGAAGAGACACAUGGGGAACAUGGUUUUAAAUGUGUAAAUCGAUGGUUUUAUAUAUAAGCUUAUUAACUGCAUACCUUUUAAAAGUGAAUUACUGAUCAAGUUGAGACUUUUCUACAUUUUCUACUAAGUAGAAUAGCCUGUUGUGUGAGACCUUUUUAUAAACGGCUAAUCACAAAAGGGUAGUUGGAGAUGAUCCAUCAUCUCACCUUGUUGACAGUGCCUGCUUUGCCUUGUUUGACCUGUGCAGCUAACUAGAUCCUGUAUAAUCAACUAAGGGUACCAGAAUAUAUUACUGUAUCGUAUCAUUCGUUCAGAUGCAUAACAGUACUGUGAGAAGACCGUCAGGAUAAUGACCGUGUGGAUGAUUUUUUUUCUCCAGUGUACUCCUAAAUGCUAUAUAGGUAGCCUGUCUGCACACAAAUAUACUUAUUCGCUAUUCUGUGUUCUGUAUUCUGUGUACCACUUUACCUGUAUUUUGACGUGAUAACUGACAAUGGGAUGAUGCCCUCCAGACCACAACAGGUACCCUGUUAUUCCUCUGGUACAAACAGUACAAGCUGUGCGAAUUAAACACUUUAUUUGAAAUUUGA